AUGCAGGAACCCGUGCCGGGAAUUAGCGCAGUACCUAGUGAGACCAAUGCCCGCUAUUUUCAUGUAAUUGUGACCGGCCCUGAAGAUUCUCCUUUUGAAGGAGGACUUUUCAAACUAGAACUUUUCCUCCCAGAAGACUACCCUAUGUCGGCACCUAAGGUUAGGUUUAUUACGAAAAUAUACCAUCCGAAUAUAGACCGGCUGGGUCGUAUAUGCUUGGAUAUAUUGAAGGACAAGUGGAGCCCCGCUCUACAAAUUCGUACGGUGCUGCUAUCAAUCCAGGCGUUGCUGUCCGCGCCUAAUCCCGAUGACCCGCUGGCGAACGACGUAGCCGAGCUGUGGAAGGUCAAUGAAAGCGAAGCUAUCCGAAACGCGAAGGAGUGGACACGGAGAUACGCCAUGGACAAC